AUGGAUCCUAAGAAAGCGUCUCUCGGUUUGCAGAAAGCAACGGAGUUCUUCUUCUGGAUCGAGGCGCACUUGCAGAGACAUGGCGUGUUUGUUCACCAAACGACUUUAAAGGUCUCUGGGAGUUUCUCCGGCGAGUCUCUCGACGGAGGAAGAAGUGUUGUCACCAUGGCGUCUAUAACCUGUUUGAUGAAAUGUCUAGGAGAAGAAGGUUUUGUGAAAGAGGCGUUAGCUAGGAUGAAAGAGUAUCACUGCAAACCCGAUGAUGUUUACGCUUACAAUACAAUCAUCAACGCUCUUUGCAGAGUAGGGAACUUCAAAAAGGCUAGAUUCCUGUUGCAGUUACCGAUAACUGUAGAUAUGGGACGCAUAAGGAGGAGGAUGUGGGAAGCUAAUAGAAUGUUUAGGGAAAUGCUGUUCAGAGUGUUUGCACCUGAUGUGUAUUACAGUGUGACCAAUGAGAUAGAACGUGGGGUUGAGAUGAUGGGUCACGGUGUACCUGUUUCAAGCACGAACACGCCGCUGAUUCACGCUCUUCUUGAGACAAGGAGAGUGGCAGAGGCUCGUGGAGAUGGUGGAGGCCGGGUUGGUUCCUAG